ACCCCAAAAGAAAAGUAGCUCCAGAAAUGGGCCCUCAUUUAACCAUGGGCCUCCAGUAUAAUCCAGACGACCCGAAACUUAAAAAAGAAAAAAAGAGAACAUGUACAAUUACCAUUUACCAGUGGAUUCAGUCUCGAAGAGCUUAGUCACUGUUUGGCUGACACUCCAAAAAAAUGGAAACAGACAUCGUAAUUCAGUUAGCUAUCCUUCUAUUCACACUGGGAAUAUUCUACGCUAUGUACAAUUUCCCCAAACAAGCUUUAACCCGACUCCGAACAAAAAACCGAUCAACUAACCAAGCCCAUUGUCACUUCAUAAAAGGAGCCCAAUUCCUCUCUCGAGCACGAUCUAAUCGGAGCAAAACAACUUCCUUCAACCUUGCUAAAUUCGCCGCCGGUGAAGCUGAUAAGGCUUUAGCCAUCGAGCCCAAAGAUCCAGCGGCCCAUAUUCUUAAAGCCCUAUCGCUUGAUUUAAUGGGCCAUAAAGUCGCUGCUUUAAGGUCGUUGGAUUCCGCCCUAUCUCCGCCAGCAGUGAAGGCGUUGUCCGGCGGAGAGAGAGCCGAUGCAUUGCUUAAACGGGCCGAGUUACAGGUGGCGUUGAAUCGGAAAAGACGAGUUGACUCGGCUAUAAUGGACCUUUUAGAGGCAGUGAAAUUGAGUUGUUCUGAUCAAGCUAAGGCCUUUUGUUUGUUGGGUCAGUGUUAUGAGAUUAAGGGCUUGAAAGUUGAGGCCCAUAAUGCUUUUGAAGAAGCUUUAAGGAUUGAGCCUGAUUUGAUUGCGGCCCGUGAAGGUUUGGGCCGGUUAAGAUAGUUAGCCCAGUUUACUCGUCGCGUAUAGAUGAGAGGCUCAAUAUUGUAUAUUUUUGGUUUCAGAUGAUGUAUUUUUCACAAGUUGUGAUUAUUCAAGAUACUAGCUUUUUAGUGCAAUAUUGGAUAAUUUGUACUGAUGAGAGGCUCAAUAUUGGAGAUUAGCAAGGUAAAGUGUAAUGGGCCUCUUCUUGGGCAAAGAAGAAUAGUGGACAAGGAGCAAUUAUCAGUUGUGUAUUGCUUCCAUAUGGAGAGAAAGGAAUGGUAUCAGGUCCCAGAACAAUAUCUACCAAGCUGACAAAGUGUGCAGAGAAAUAUACACACUCAAAGGCAAGGAACUCAGGAUAUAACGUUAGGGUGAUCCUAGACAGUUAUUGUAUUAGAUUGUUCAGAUGGUCUCUGUAAUUGUUUGAGUCUCUAUUAUUUUGUUUAGUUUCUGCUUUAGUUUUGAGUUGUUCUCUUUGUAAACUCUCUGUGAAGAGCUUGGUUGUUUAGUUUGAGAAAUGCCUACUUGGAUUCGUAACUCUCACUUUUGGUAUCAAUAAAAUGUUUAUUUAUCAAAAAAGAA